GAGUUGAGGAUCCAGGACGGGAAGGGGACUCCGUCAGAGACUCAGAGGACGGUGGAGCUGUCGAUUGUGGAUGAAGGAUCCAAAGAGUGACUGCGGGCGUCCUCUCUGCGACGGUCCCGACGGACGGAGGAGCCAGAACUCGGAUUCGACGACGGUGGAUUUAUCUCUUGUACCACAGACGCUCUCACUCGUCGUCCGCUACGCUCCACGCUUCGUUCUUGUUCUUGAAAGUUCGGACUGGCGCAGGAAGUGGAUGCUGGCAAUGGAGCCUCAGCUGUGCGCCAGUGUUUUAAAAUUGUGUGGGUGCAUGAUUGUGAGCUAGUCGUCGAUUCAAUGGGAGAAUUAUCCAUUACUUAAACUUGUUCGGUGUGCUGAGGUUUUUCGGGGAUUUCUCCCGCUCCUGUGGCGAAGGAAGAAAAAUUGAAACGACAAUGGCGAUGACUUCCUCAUCCUGGAAGCCGCUAGGAACGGCGAAUUGCAAGCUUGGUGGGGUUACGGGGAGAAGAGGAUUAGAGCUUUGUACUAUUAGAUGUUUUUUGAAAUCUCAAGAUAGAAUUACGGCUGGUUUUGAUGGUGAAUUGAUUUUUCUGAAGAGACAAGGACUCUUUUUGAAGCGGGUGGUCAGCCAGAAACUGAAGAAUUUAGGGAGGUCGAACUUUUUUUGGUCGCCGUUGUUUAGGGGCACCAGUGUUGCUGAAAAUGUAGUGACGAGAGCUAAUGAGCAAAAGCUACACUCUCAAUGGCUUCCAAUUGCGAAGAGGAGAGGGCUGAUUUUUCUUAUAGGCUCGGCUUUUAUUGCCCUUCUCAUUGUCAGCGGGCCAACGACCUGCGCUUUGGCACCUUAUGCUCUGCAACCUACGUAUGCUCUUACCGAAGAGAAUCUGCUGUUUUUGGAGGCUUGGCGGACGGUUGACAGGGCUUAUGUCGAUAAGUCUUUCAAUGGACAAAGUUGGUUCCGGUAUCGUGAAGAUGUCCUCCGUCGCGAGCCGAUGAAAACACGUGAAGAGACUUAUGCUGCAAUAAGGAAGAUGCUCGCAACCCUGGAUGAUCCGUUCACUCGUUUUUUGGAGCCUGACAAAUUCAAAGCUCUGAAGUCAGGCACUAGUGGCGCUCUAACAGGUGUCGGGUUAGAAGUUGGCUUCGAUGUCAGCACAGGGGGUACUUCGGAAGACCUUGUAGUGGUGUCUCCGGUUUCUGGAGGCCCUGCAGGUCGGGCAGGAAUUCUGCCCGGUGAUGUUAUAUUGGCCAUAGAUGGAGUAGCGACUCAAGGGAUGGGGUUGUAUGAUGCUGCACGACGCUUGCAGGGUCCCUUAAACUCUGAAGUGGAACUGACGGUGCUCAACAAAGCGGUUUCUGUCCCGAAGAAAGUCACAGUAUCGAGGGAAAAGAUCACCUUGAAUCCCGUCACGUGGAAAUUGUGUGAAAUUCCUCGAUCUGACGGGGUUCCAGCAAAGAUAGGAUAUAUUCGUCUUUCAACAUUCAACUCCAAUUCAUCUCGAGCUGUUCGAACCGCGAUUGAAAACCUUAGAGAGAGCGGAGCAACAGCAUUUGUUCUAGACAUCCGUAAUAACAGUGGUGGACUCUUUCCGGCAGGCGUCGAGAUUGCAAAAAUGUGGCUCGAUAAAGGUGUGAUUGUAUACAUAUCUGACAGCAUGGGUGUUCGAGAUAUCUACGAGACAGACGGCGAAGAUGCAAUCGCUACAACAGAACCUCUAACAGUGCUUGUCAACAAGGGCACUGCAAGUGCAAGCGAGAUUCUAGCUGGUGCCUUGAAGGAUAACAAGAGGGCAUUGAUUGUGGGAGAGCCUACGUUUGGGAAGGGGCGUAUUCAGUCGAUUUUUCAACUUUCAGAUGGAUCGGGGAUGGCAGUCACAGUUGCUAGAUACGAGACCCCAGCACACAUCAACAUUGAUAAGGUGGGAAUUACACCAGAUCUUCCACUAACCGUGGGACUUCCUAUGGACGUAGAAAGUUUCUGCAAAUGUUUGCAAGAUCCUGCUUCUGCUUGUAACGUGCCCUCGUUAUUUUCUAGAUGAGACAGCAAUUUUCGUUACUUUUAGAUGAAUUUGUAACAUUUGAAAGAAGAAAAAUUCUUCCUUCUGUAAAAUUAGUUCAUACAUUUUUUUCCCAUCAAUCAUUGCUUUUCAAGACUGUACUAAGAAUUGUACAUUGUGCCAGCCAUUAAUAUGAAGAUAAGGUCGUCGAAGGGG